CUUUUCUGGUAUGAUUUAGUACUUCCCCACAUUUUCUUUCCAGAACUCCGAGUCUCGAAAAAUAUGUUACCAAUUGCCGCGUGCUAAAAAAGGAUCACUCAUUUCUCCGACGGGUCAGGGGAUCCAUAUCCUGCAACACAACUUCGUACUGCAUGACAUCUCUUCCAAUCUCUCCCCGCAGUACCGAAGAUAAUUUACAAGUCGGUUCAAUCAUUGGUGUCAGCGUAUUCAAGUGAUGCUCCAAUUCCAACUACGUUUACAAUUCCAAGACCUGAACUCCUGAACGAUUCCGAGUACGCUUCAUCCAAUCUCAGUCGAGGUAGAAAUACGAACAUGCCAACCAAAGAACGUAGCCAAACACCGAAUCGGGUCAGAGCGUACAAGCCAAAAGUCAAGACUGGAUGUAUCACGUGCAGAAUCCGGCACAAAAAAUGCGAUGAAACAAAGCCCCAUUGUCAAAGAUGCAUCAGUACCGGUCGAAAAUGUGACGGAUAUCUUAGCACUCCAUCCUCAUCCAACAACUCACCGUCGCCAUCGAAAAUCACACCUUUGCCAAAACCACAAUUUAAAGGAAACGAUCUUGAACGACGAAGUUUUGAUUUCUUUUGCAAAAGGACUGUUUUGACACUCUCAGGCAUCUUUGAUCCGACGUUCUGGACUCGAUUAGUGCUUCAAGCCACACAUCAUGAACCUGCUAUUAGACAUGCUGUCGUUGCUUUAGGUGCUUUACACGAAACUUCCGAACUUGGGUCGAGAGAAGGGCCGAGUAUUUUCGCCUUGCAGCAAUACGGAAAAGCUAUGGGGUGUUUGAUAAACUCCACUCCUGAGGAGAAGAAACGGGCUGCCGAUGUUGCGUUAAUGACUUGUGUGCUGUUCGUUUGUUUCGAGAUAAUGAGAGAACACCACGGCACAGCAAUAUCCCACAUCGAAAGCGGAGUGAAGAUUAUUUCUUCACUCCAGUCCGGCGUCGAAUCAACAGACACAUGGUCCUUGUCUCGCAGCCCUUAUGCUGAGCCCUCGAUCCUCAACCCCAUUUUCAUCCGACUGGACAGACAAGUUUCUGAAAUCACAUUCAGGAGGAAAAGACAGCUCCUCGAUCAUGUCCUAGAUGACAAGGUAUCCGGCUACCACACCAACAUCCCAAUGACCUUCACGAGUCUAGAACAAGCCCGCAACUCUCUCGAUCAUAUCCGCACACUAUCAGUGCGCUUCAUGAAGAAAGCAAUGCCUGACCCUUCGUUCCGAGAUCCGGCUAAGAAAGCGUUGACACUUGAUGUAUUGAAGACGUCGUCAUUCAUCAGGCUUCAGCAAUGGUCCACUGCAUUCAACUCAUUCAUACGAUAUCAUGGGGACUUCGACACCACAGGGCAAGAAGCGGUUCACGUGUUGAAAAUGCAUCGUAUCUUCAUGGGGAUAGUGAUGGGAGUUGAUGAAGAGCGGUCCUUCGCUGAUGAGACAGUUUGGGAUCAAUACAAACCACAAUACGAAGCUAUCGUUGCACACGCGACAUCUGUCAUCGAAUUGAAGACCCGAGAUUGUGAGACAGAGGGGCGAAAACGGGCAACGUUUAAUCUCGACUCCGGGAUCAAUUUUCCUCUGAUCUUCGUGGCUUCGAAAUGUAGAGACGGGGCCAUUAGACGGAAAGCAAUUCAACUGCUGAGAACUAUGGAUAGAUACGAAGGCAUUUGGAACAGUAUAUUGUCAGCUAGAGUUGCUGAGCGGCUGAUAAGUAUUGAGGAGAAAGGAUUGGUUGGUGAAGAGGAAUUUUUGAAGGCGAGCGAGAUUCCGAACGAAAAUAGGUUGGGUGGGGCGGAGACUCGGUGGAUGACUGAUCGGCGUGUACAAAUGAUUUAUACUCGAAAGGGAAGAAUGAUAAUUGGUGGGGACAGCUAUCAGGGUGGGAAUGUUGUGAUGGAAGAACUUCUGGAAUGGUGAGUGAAUAGGCC